UGGGUGGGAGCCUUCCAAACUUUUUUUUAUUUUUAUAUCACCCUGUCAUCACAGAAACAUUGAAGAAGUGACUGGCUGCGAUUUCAACUGUUUGUUGUUGUAGCUUUCAUUUAUAACCACAUUUUCAUAGCAUUUAGCCUACAGAAUGCGUUCCCUUGGACUGUGUAGUUUGAUGUUGCAUGUGAUGGUUGUUUGUUCCACGGAGUUGACGUUUGAGUUACCUGAUAACGACAAGCAAUGUUUCUAUGAAGAGCUCCAGAAUGGAGUGAAGUUUGACCUAGACUUUCAAGUGAUUGCAGGAGGGAACUAUGAUGUGGACUGCUUUGUAACAGAUCCAGUGAACAACGUCCUGUAUCAGGAGAGGAAGAAGCAGUAUGAUAGCUUCUCUCACACCACCACUAUGAAAGGAACCUACAAGGUCUGCUUCAGCAACGAGUUCUCUACCUUCUCCCACAAGACCGUCUACCUGGACUUCAGGUCCGGAGAGGAGAGACCCCUACUGCCUGACAUGAACAGAGACACUGCCCUAACACAGAUGGAGUCGGCCUGUCUGUCCAUCCAUGAGAUCCUGAAGGUAGUGUCUGACUCUCAGACCUGGUAUCGGUUACGGGAGGCUCAUGACCGCAUCAGAGCAGAGGACCUCCAUGAGCGCGUGUCCUAUUGGUCGAUAGGAGAAACUAUAAUCCUUUUCACUGUCAGCAUUGGACAGGUUCUCAUUCUCAGGAGCUUCUUCAGCGACAAGAAGAGCAGUGUUGCAGCCAACACGUAGAUCCUACCAUAUAUAUAUUAUUAUAUAUAUGAUACAUUCUAUAAUACUGGGUUAGUGUUUCAGCCAACACAAGAUAUUGUAUUACAGGUCAUCUGCCACUAGAACCUACCUUAAUACCCCACAACAAACUGUAGUCCUAUACAGUUAUAAUAAAGGACUUCAGGAACUAUUAAAUCUGUCUUAAGACUUUAGCUUGUGGAUUCUAGCCUCUGAAAAUGAAAUACUGUGGUUGGUACACCAAGCCUUUAUCUGUUUUUGUCUCAGUGUACAUCAUUAAUUUGUGCUAUGACAUUAAUUUAUUGUGUGUGUAAAAUGUUUUGUAUGUCUGUCUCACCAUCUCUCGUGUACACAGUCACACCAUAACCCCACAAUUUGAUUUCCAUUUGAAAUCCAAUUUUCCCUUUCCUUAACCCCAACCCCUAAGCUUAAAAUAGCCUUUGUCCUCGUGGGGAUGUGGUAAAUGUCCCCACGAGGGAUAAUUUUCCUUGUUUUACUAUCCUUGUGAGGAGUUUUGGCAAUUCCUGGGCCACUUGUGGGUUGGGGUGUGUCUUGACUAUCAUUAAAGUGAAGAAUGUUAUCAA